GGAGGAGGCGGCUGGGGGGGGGGGGGGGGAGAGCAGCGAGCAAAACAACCGCCGCCAGAAGAAAGAGGGUGGGGGGAGAUGUCAAACGUCCGUAUUUCUAAUGGGAGCCCUACCCUGGAGCGCAUGGAAGCCAGGCAGUCGGAGUACCCGAAGCCGUCAGCUUGCAGGAACCUCUUCGGGCCGGUGAAUCACGAAGAGUUAAACAGGGACUUGAAGAAGCACCGCCAGGAGAUGGAGGAGGCAUGCCAGAGGAAGUGGAAUUUCGAUUUCCAGAAUCACAAGCCGCUGGAAGGCAGGUACGAGUGGCAAGCCGUGGAGAAGGGGAGCUCGCCCGACUUCUACUUCAGACCCCCCAGGCUACUGAAAGCUGUCUGCAAGACCUCCGGCCGCCAGAGCUUGGAUGUAAACGGGAAUUGCCAAACCGUGGUUUUUGUCGGUUCUCAGGGAAUCUCAGAGGACACUCACUGUGUAGAUCAAAAGACUGAUGUUUCUGAAAAUCAGACGGACUUUGCAGAGCAGUGCACUGGGCAGAGGAAAAGACCUGCCACCGACGAUUCCUCUCCUCAAAAUAAAAGAGCCAACACAACAGAAGAAGAGGUUUCAGAAGACUCCCCCAGUGCCAGUUCAGUGGAGCAAACACCCAAGAAAUCAAGCCCAAGAAGACAUCAAACGUAAACCGUUUAGAGCGGAGGAUGUGCGUGUGUCCUCGUUCAUCGGGUGCGGCGGGGGGCGAUGAAGCGAGGAAGAUGUAAAAGUUGUAGUGGAAACGAAAAUACAUAUCGCCGAUCUCCGUGGGAUGGAGGUCCUGUACAAGCACUGAAAAAAAAAAAAACAACAGCAACAAAACAAAAACCAACAACAACAACAACAAAAAGCAAACAAUAACACUAAAAUUUUAGGCACUCUUAAAAGACCUGCCUCUAAAAGCAUUGGAUGUAGCAUUGUGCAAUUAGGUGUUUCCUUAUUUGCUUCAUUGUACUACCUGUGUAUAUAGUUUUUACCUUAUGUAGCACAUAAACCUUGUUGGGAGGGGGGAGGGAGUGGAGAGGGCGACCGAUUGGAACUUGCUUUCACAAUCUAGCAAGCAAAGAAAUGUAUGAAGAGAAGCAGUGUAGGUUUUUUUAUUACUUAAAGAUGUAUUGUCCCUUUACGUGGGUCUGCCGUGUUUUUUCUUUUUUUUUUUUUUGUUUUUUUUUUUUUGUUUUUAAUGGACCAUGGUGGUAACCCUGCUCAGAGCAGAUUAUUACAGGCCGCUUGUGAAAUUUCGUCCUACUGCAUUAAGCUGAAGAGGUGGGAGCUGUGAUGAUUCCGUUAUGUAGUAGCAAAAGUUCCCCCCCCCCCCCCCGACCUCAGAUCUAUAUAGCAAAUAUGAACGCAUGUAAGAGUUGAGUAAAAUCAUCCUGUUGUUACGUUGCCUGAUUUCCUGGUGUUCUUUUUUUUUUUUUUUUUUUUUUUUAACUAAUCUGGAGGGCCUUUGCUCUGAAUCUCGAAUAGUGUUGUUUUCUGAUCUGACCCACUUCCUGAAGUGUUUGUGUGUGAGGGAAAAGGGAUACUACAUCUUUAAACAGUAUUUCUACAUUGCCUGUGUACCUGUAUGUAAAAAUAAAAAAAAGUUUGAAGUGUA